CACACACACACACACACUGUGAAUUGUUCAACCUCCUUCACUUCCUCCCAUCCCCAUCCCCACAUCCAUUCCAUUUCUCCUGCCAUCUUUACGCUACUCACCUCUUUUUCCCUUUUUACACAUUAUUGUCUGUCUCUCUUCUCUACUCGCGAUCAUCUUGCUCUGCUUCCGCUACCUGAAUCCAAUCUCGAUCCCAGCACCUAACAAAUGGGUAACGCACCUGGGCCCGAUAUAAGGCAGCAUGGAGGAUUCGUCGAGUUCAUUCUCCCAAGGGUUCACUGCUGUGAAUGGUGAUUCGGAGUCACGCACUGACAACACUUCCACCACCAAUCCCACCACCAAUCCCACCACUCCCGCCGGGAGUGGUGGCGCACCAUUCAAUGAUAGUCGAAGUACCAGCUCCGACUGGUCGUGGGAGCUCAUCGGCAAUUCCGCCUUGCCCGCGGGCUUGCAGCCCACUUCCAGCUAUCCACCGCUUUAUUCUCGCCCUUACUCUACUGCUACUACCAUCACUACUACCUCUUCCCGGACCCCCAACCAGGAUCACUCGGAGCGCCGUCAGGAGCAACCACGUUCCCGCAACCGUCCCAUAGCUCGCCAACCCUCUUCCUCCUCGUCUUCUCACGACAUCGGCCUCGUUGGCCGGCAGAUUAUAAACGGCAAGGUGGCCAUCCCCCGCACCACAAGCUUCAAUGAUCAACCCCAAAAGCGUCGGUCCACACGAGCAUGUGAACCCUGCCGCUUGCGAAAGGUCAAGUGUGCGGGCGGCAAGCCCAUCUGUCGCCAGUGUGCGGAUCACAAUAUAACAUGUACCUACGUGGAAGUCAAGCGGGUGCGGGACCAGAGGAAACUCGGCUCGUUGACGAGCAAGGUGGAGAUCUAUGAGCAGCUAUUGCAGGAGCUGGAACGGACCACGGAUGACGAGACGGCGAGGAGGAUCCGUCGGGCUUUGAGGCUACGAGUCUCCGAUGGCACUGAGCCAGAAGAGCCGCCCAACAACGAGGAAAAUGACUCUGACUCGGAUUCCUCGUCCCUUGGGUCACUGGAGGAAAUGGACAUGAUUGAGGAAGAUCUGAAUCGCAGCGCGCGGGCCGUUGCGACAGGGUUCUUCGGAAAGAACUCAGAAGUGUCCUGGUUGCAGAAGCUGGAGGAUGAAGCGGAGCUGCGCAGGCAUCAGACGGAGGAGCUCAAUGAGGUCACUAGCAACGAUCAUGCGUCGGAGGGGCAGCAGCAGAUGCAGCGGCUCCUACUGGUCCCUCAGCCGGCGCAGAAGCAGGAAACUCCCAUGGCGGCAAUGAACUAUUACCUGGAUGACCUUGAUAUUCCCGUGAUGGCCACGGUUGACCCGUACGCGCUGCCGCCCAAGGAAGUCGCAAACCGGCUCUUCAGAUCCUACAUGGAGAGUGUGCAUCCGUCGUUCAAUGUGAUCAGCAAGAUGUUCUUCGUCUCACAGUAUUCGCAGUUUGUUAUCCAGGGCAAUCGCCAAAUCGAGCCGACGGACCGGUGGCGCGCAGUGUUGAACAUGAUUUUCGCCAUAGGAAGCCGCUUCUGUCAGUCGGUGCAUGGAAAGAAGGGUGGGGACUAUGAUGACGUGAUGUAUCUGAAUCGGGCACGGAAGCUGACGCUGGGUGAGAAUGUCAUCUUCGAGCAUGCCAACCUUCAGCAGAUCCAGGCGGAGUUCUUGGUGGCGUUCUACUUCCUGUCCAUGUGCCAAGUCAACCGCUCCUUCAAAUUUUCGAGCAUGGCCUUUCGAUCAGCCGUCUCGUUGGGAAUCAAUCUCCGUUUGGAGAGUAGUGAUACGUCGCGAGCUGCCAAGGAAGCUCGCUGUCGGCUGUGGUGGUCGAUAUAUCUCCUGGAACAUUUGUUGACGGCCAUCACAGGCCGAGUCUCCUGCGUGGGAGAGGGUCUGAGUGCAACCCCGUUGCCUCUCCCCUUUGAGGAGGAGACCUGGAACAGCGUCGAGGUUCUUUCGAUACUAGAAGACCCUGAACUUCGGAGGAGCCGCCUCAAGCUCACUAUCCUUCAAACGGAUAUGGAAGCAGCCACUACUGCGUCCUGGCUCGCAACCUGCGCGCCUAGUCCGUCGCUCUACUUCCAUCUCCUCGUGGAUCUCUGCAGCAUCACGCAGGCCAUCAUCAACCGGAUUUAUAGCAUUCAAGGGUUGCGGGACCGCGCCAGCCAGGUUGAACAUCGCAUUCGCAAAUAUGAUAACACCUUGAGAAUCUGGCUCAUGAAAGUCCCUCCGGCUUACCGCUUCACCGUGGGCGAUAACGAUGAUGCGUACUGGGUACCUCAGUCUCGCCAAAAUCUGUACGAGCGCGAACGCAGCUCUCUCGCCAUCAGCUAUUACAGCGCCCGCAUCACGCUCUGCCGGCCCUGUCUCACCCGUUCCGGUCUCAAAUCCGGAUCGAUGUCUCCCAAUCCAAAUACGGCCUCAUCCUCGCAGCACACCUCUGGCCACAACGCUUCGUCACGCGGCCAAUUCCGUAACGAGAUGGCCCGCAAUUGCGUUCGCUCCGCCUGCUCCCUCCUCUCUGUCCUACCGAACGACCCCAGCCUCCCCUGGUUAAUCUCAGUCACACCCUGGUGGUGCAUCUUGCACUAUAUCAUGCAAGCAACUACCGCGCUGCUCCUCCAUCUCACCUGCUGGCCCCCAGUCCUUCCAUCCACCGGCGGCGAUCAUGUGGACACGACCAGCGAUGCGCCCUCCAUCCACCAGCAAUCGUUCGCGGGGCCCGUGGACAUGAACACGAUGACGCGCCAGAUGAAGAAGGCCAUCCGUUGGCUCCAUCACUUAUCCUACACCCAUACCGCCGCGCGCCGCGCAUUCCGGCAAUGCCACAGCGUCGUGCAACGAAUCGCCCCGAGCAUCGGGAUCGACAUCAGUGAUCUUCCAGACGGGAGUGACCUCCCUGUCGAUGCCGACCUGGAGACAUUCGUUGGACAGAAGGCGGAAGCGGCGAAUUAUGAACCCACGACGGCCAUGCAGAUUGACGAACACCCGCCGACUCUGGAUGGGCCAGCUCUGGGCGGGGAUGAAGGUCAAAUCGACGCCCGAUGACAUUUUAAUUUUCUUGUUCGAAUUCCUACUAUGUAGAUAGAUAUAGCGGAUCAGCUCAGUUUCUUUCUUCCGUGUUGAAAUCUUCAGCGGUAUAUGGUUCGGUGGGUCUGGUAUGUACAGGAGCGAGGCGUCUGUCUGAUAUAUAAUCUGGUUAUUCUUUCUCCGGGUAUCUUUUUUAUCUUGCUGACUACUUACAACUGUUGUGUCGAGUUGUCAUCCUAUCUUGAAGUAUGGUCCUCAUUUUAUAUAGUCGACUCAGGCCCAGUCGACUCAGGCCCGG